AUGAGUCGUUCACCACAGAAUGGGGAUGUCAUGCACCUUGAAAGUUCUAGUUCUUGUGAAGACUUGAAGCAGGGCUCAGAAAUCGAUGAGCCACAAUUGAACGGUAAGCAAUUGGCUGAGCUAACUGCGCGGAAGCGAACAGAGGACGAGUCAAAAACCGAAGAGAGUGGCGAGCCGAUUGAUCCUCGAAGCCUGGAUUGGGAUGGUCCCGAUGACCCUGAAAACCCUCAUAACUGGCCCGGUUGGAAAAAAUGGUAUACUAUAAUGGUUGUGGCAUUUUUAUGUCUGGUGGUUACCAUGGGUUCGUCUUUGUACGUGUCUGGUGUUCCUGAAUUAGUGGCCCGUUACCAUGUCAACCAGACGUUGGCGCUUGCGGGUCUUACGUUCUAUUUGCUCGGGUCUGCAACGAUUAUCGGGGCACCCUUGAGCGAAGUUUUUGGCCGUAAACCGGUUUACUUAUUCUCACUGCCCAUCUCGAUGCUAUUCACGAUGGGGGUUGGUCUCUCCAAUGGCCACAUGAGAAUAAUUCUGCCGUUGAGAUUUUUCUCUGGGGUUUUCGCAUCCCCUGCGCUGUCUGUUGGUUCCGGUACCAUUAUGGAUAUCUUCGACCAGGACGAAGUGUCCGUGGCAAUGACGUUCUUCUGCCUGGCACCUUUCCUUGGGCCGGUGAUUAGUCCGAUCAUGGGAGGCUUUGCUACAAAAAGCCAGGGAUGGCGCUGGUCGCAAUGGAUUCAGCUGAUUGCUGGUGGGUUGGUCUUGCCCUUCAUUGCCAUCAUGCCAGAGACACAUAAGGGUGUGAUUCUGAGGAAGCGGGCCAAAAAGAACAACGUGAAUUUGAAGAAGUUCUCGAAAGAGGACCAGAAGGCGUUUUUGAAACUUACUUUGACCAUCACUAUUUUCCGUCCUAUCAAGAUGCUGUUCGUCGAACCAAUUGUUCUUGUAUUCAGCAUCUACGUGGCCUUCAUCUUUGCAGUGCUUUUUGGGUUCUUCGAGGCUUAUCCAGUUAUCUACCACGGCAUCUACCACAUGAACCUGGGAGUAUCGGGUUUGCCUUUCCUGGGAAUUGGUAUUGGCCUGUGGUUGGGAUCCAUCUUCUACCUAUACCUGGACCGUAAAUAUCUAUUUCCCAAGGCACCGGAGGGUACUCCGGAGUUAGGGCCAGACGAACGUCAAUCAAAGAGGACGGCUCCUUAUAGAGGACACCGUGAUCCAGAAACCAACGAGCUACUGCCGGUCGUCCCGGAGAAAUUUUUGCUGGCGUGCAAAUUUGGCUCGGUCGCACUGCCUAUUGCGCUCUUCUGGCAGGCUUGGACCGCCAGGCCCGAUGUUCACUGGAUGGCACCUAUUGCAGCAGGCAUUCCGUUCGGCUUCGGAUUAAUCCUCAUUUUCUUCACCAUCAUCAUCUACUUCUCACUGUGCUACCCUCCAUUGUUCGUUGCGUCAUGUCUGGCUGCCAAUACCAUGCUAAGGUAUAUUACUAGCAGUGUGUUCCCACUUUUCACAAUUCAGAUGUACGAGAACUUGAAAGUGAAAUGGGCCAGCACAUUGUUCGCUCUAAUAUGUGUCGUGAUGGUGCCAAUUCCUUGGGUCUUUGAGCGAUGGGGUGCCAAGAUUAGAAGGAGGUCCAUGUUUGGUUACGCUGCCCUGAUUAAGCAGCAAGCUGAGGCAGAAGAUGCUGGAGAAGAAGGCUCAGAUCAUGCCACAAUUACCAGAGUGAGUACCUUGAAGAUGUACGAUGAUUCGCACUCGCUGCAUCCAAGCGAGAGAAGACCCAGCGUCUCUCAUGGUCCAAAACCGCUAAAAAAUACCCAUGCCGCUCUCAAAGACUCAAUCUACGACCAGGCUGAUAAAAGCGACAGUGCUGGCGAAUUUGCUGACGUAGUUUCUGACAUCGUAUAA